GAUGACGUAAGUGACGUAGCGACAGGCGACAAACAACAACAUUGUGUAAGUGUCCGAGCACGGGAGAAGAAACGUCGCUGUCGUUUGUUUCCACCUCCAGACAUGUAUCUUCUGCGUUUAUGUGCUUCAACCAGCAGACAUGUUGUCUUGAAAGGUCUCUCCGUGGAGUCAGUGUUUACAGGAUGUUCACGGUCGGCCAGUGGAGCGGUCAAGGACAGGGAGCCGCUGAAGAAAGCUAAAACCCCACAAGGACAGUUUGACAGCACUGAGGACAAGAGCAAAGAUGUUCUGGAAAAGUUUCCUGAUGAUGUGAACCCUGUAACCAAAGAGAAAGGAGGUCCUCGGGGUCCAGAGCCCACCCGCUACGGAGACUGGGAGAGGAAGGGCCGCUGUGUUGACUUCUAGUUCAUUCCCUGUAAAUGUGACAUGUCAUAUAUAUCAUAUAUAUAUAUAUAUAUAUAUAUAUAUAUAUAUAUAUAUAUAUAUAUAUAUAUACAUUUAUAAUAUGGAAAUGUAAUGUGUGGACAGAGGCACUUUUUAAGACUGUUUUGGUUGUGCUGUUCAAAGGUUUAUUAUUUAAGGUAAGAAUGAGGCUGAGCUGGGAACUGUAACUGUACUCACAGGAAAAAAAAGCCGAAGUUUUUGCAGAAAUUUUGUUUCAUAAGCAUUUCUUUAUGGGUCAUGCUGACUUUGUUCUCCAUUGCUGAACUGUAGAGUUUCAGGAACACAAAGACGUGUGUCAUGUGACAUAUAUUGACGCAACUUUCAUUGUAUUUUGCUUUGUAUGUAAGACUGUGGAGUACCUGCAAUUUUCCAAAUUGCAAAUGACAAAAUACACACUGUGCAGUUUUCACUGACUGACGCUACAGCUGAACAGAGAUGUCUGUUAUGGUGACUUGAUCUGCAAAAUGAUAAAAUCACUUCACCCA